ACCUAUUAAAAUAAAUUUGCCCUGGAAUUAGCAAUCUUCACUCCUUCAAAUAGUCUUAAAGAAAUUAAUUUAGUCUUUCAAUGAUUGCGGAGAACAGCAGAUCAAAAAAAUAAAAUAUGCUGCAGAUCUUCAAAUAUCUGAUGGUUUUACAAAAUUUAUAUAUUUCAUUAGCUUUACUUGAGAAAAAGGAUGCCAUCGUAAAUUUACCAAAUUUGGGUUUAAUACAAGGUAAAAUUAUAGAAACCGCUUGGAUGAAAAGAAAAGUUUUACAAUUUGUGGAUGUUAAGUACGCAGAACCACCUUCAAGCAAACAUCGGUUUAAGCCUCCCAGACCAAUUGAACCCUGGAAAGAUGUUAAGGAUGCUACAACUGAAAAAAUUGGUUGCCCUUCCAUAGUUUCAAUUGAGUCGUUGCAAACUCUAGAUGAAAUUUUGGAUAUUGAGGAUUGUUUAACUAUGACGAUAACUACGCCUAAUAUAAAAGGCAAGUAUCCGGUUUUGGUUUAUAUUCAUGGCGAAUAUUUGUUUGAGGGUAGCAAUUCGGAGGCUCCAGCCGAUUAUUUUCUUGAAAGGGACAUUGUCUUGGUCGUACCACAAUAUCGUCUAGGUCCUUUUGGUUUUUUAUCUACAAAAACCGCUGAAAUACCGGGAAAUGCUGGAGUUUUGGACAUUCAUUUGGCUUUGCAAUUUAUCAAAAUUUUCAUACGCAAUUUUGGCGGAGAUGCCGGCAAAGUAACUGUGGCUGGGCAAGUAGGUGGGGCUAGCAUAGCUCACUUAUUAACUUUAUCUCCAAAGGUUGAAAGAGGCUUGUUUCAUCAAGUGAUUUAUCAUUCAGGUUCGGCUUUAAUGCCGGCAUUUUUAGAGGAAAAUCCUCGGCGGUUUGCCAAAGAAAUUGCCGGAAAAGCCAAUUGUGAAGUGCGUACCGUAAGAGAUUUGAAUCAAUGUUUAAUGGAUAUGUCACCUGUGCAACUGUUAGGAGCGUUCAUGGACCACGCCCAAGAUAAAUACGAAUUAGGUAUUGGUCAUAUAGGAGGCAUGCACUUCACUAUAGGUGACACCAAUGGCCUCUUGCCUGAGCAUCCUUACAAUUUGAUGCUCAAAACUAAUAAUUCUUACCCAGUAAUGGGCGGUUGUCCCAAAAAUGUCGGAUCACGGAUUGUAUAUGAUAUUGUGGAAAACUAUUUUGGUGGUGUAAUUCCUAAUGAUUCUUACAAUAGUUUUAAUUACAUAGAUCAUGUAAUACGUCAGACAGUGGGCACAGAUAAGAAUAUGUUGUUGACUAGCUUUAUAACGCAUAACUUUCUUAAUCGCGAAAUUAUAGAAAAUGGUACUUUUGUGUCUUUUCUGCCAAGAUUAAUAGAUUUAGCCAGUACCUUAAUGUACAAAUUGCCUCUGCUAUUGGCGCUAAAUAUGCACAACAAAUAUUUAGUCGAUCGUACCUUUCUGUAUUCUUUUGAUUACGCUGGUGAAUAUAAUCGUUAUUAUGAUUUAGACGAAGAGCACAACACGCAGAGUCCUUUCAAAGCAGGCGUAUCCUUAACAGAUGAAGCUCUUUAUCUGUUUCCUUAUCCAGAACAUGUGAAACAUCUCACACCAGCCGACGAAAAUAUGUCCAAUCGCUUGGUCGAUUUAUGGACUUCAUUUGUUGUGAAUGGAUACCCGUUGGGUAGUCUACGUAGUGGCUACUGGCCACCGAUGUCCACUUUAUAUGGCCCCUAUAUGAAAUUGGAUGAAACCUUUAGCAUAGCUGGAAACUAUUUCAAGGAAUUUUCAGCAACAAUAAGAGAUGAAGAGAAUGGCUUUAAUUUAGUACGGGAGAUAUACUUUUCCAAGGAAAAUUUUCAAUCAUCGAAAAAAGCAAACUAUGUCACGAGCGAAAGAAAAACGCAACAAAAGACAACGUCUUUGAAUCAAUAUUCAAAAUUAAACAAAAAUACUUGGCUAAGAAAAAGAGUUUAGGAUUUCUGUUUCUCAAAAUGGAAAAACGGAUGAAGAUGGAUAUGUUAUUUUAGUGAAUCUGCA